CCCCGCGCUCCAGGUAGCGGUGGCUGCAGCUGCCAGCGGUGUCCGGCGGCGCUCUCCCGCGGCCGGCGGGCCGGGCCCGGGGCGGGCAGGGGGCGUUCCCGCAGCCCGCCGCCCGUGAUGUCACAAUCGCGGCGGACCCCGGCGUUCCCGGGUCGGUUGCGGGCGCCGGGAGGCGAGCCGGCGAUCGAAGCGGGCAGCUCGCUCCUGAGUCAUGGACUUCCCCUGGCCCCUCCUCUACCACUCCCACUCCCUCGCCGGGCCCCCCCGCAGGGGCUAGCGCUGGCGCGGCGGCUCCGAGGGGGUGGGGCUGCUGGGAAUGGCUGUGCCCCCUUCGGCUCCUCUCUCGUGCUCGCCCUUUUACCUGCGGAGGCAGGCGCCCUGCCCGCAGUGCUCAUGGGGCAUGGAGGAGAAGGCGGCGGCCAGCGCCGGCUGCCCGAGGGCCGCCGCCGUCCCCUGCUUUGGCGUAUCGGUGGACCAAGACGACAUCCUCCCUGGCGCCCUGCGCCUCAUCCAGGAGCUACGGCCGCACUGGAAGCCCGAGCAAGUUCGUACUAAGCGUUUCACAGAUGGCAUCACCAACAAGUUGGUGGCCUGCUAUGUGGAAGAGGACAUGCGGGACUGUGUGCUGGUCCGGGUGUAUGGGGAGCGGACAGAGCUGCUGGUGGACCGGGAAAAUGAGGUCAGGAACUUCCAGCUGCUACGAGCACAUGGCUGUGCUCCCAAACUCUACUGCACCUUUCAGAAUGGGCUGUGCUACGAAUACAUGCGGGGUGUGGCCCUGGGACCCGAGCACAUCCGAGAGCCCCGGCUCUUCAGCCUUUCUGCAGAUGUUCCUAAAGUGGAGGUGUUGGAACGGGAGCUGGCCUGGCUAAAGGAGCACCUGUCCCAGCUGGAGUCCCCUGUGGUGUUCUGUCACAAUGACCUGCUCUGCAAGAACAUCAUCUAUGAUAGCACCAAAGGUCACGUGCGGUUCAUCGACUAUGAAUAUGCUGGGUACAACUACCAAGCUUUUGACAUUGGCAACCACUUCAAUGAGUUUGCAGGUGUGAAUGAGGUCGAUUACUGCCGGUACCCAGUGCGGGAGACCCAGCUGCAGUGGCUGCGUUACUACCUGCAGGCACAAAAGGGGAUGGCCGUGACCCCCAGGGAGGUGGAGAGGCUCUAUGUGCAAGUCAACAAAUUUGCACUGGCAUCUCACUUCUUCUGGGCUCUCUGGGCCCUCAUCCAGAACCAGUACUCCACUAUCAACUUCGAUUUCCUCAGGUACGCUGUGAUCCGAUUCAACCAGUACUUCAAGGUAAAGCCUCAAGUGUCGGCCUUGGAGAUGCCAAAGUGACUGGCCUUCCUGCUCUUCUCUGGCCAGAUUGGUUCUCCAGGGCUCACUUCUGCUCUGGGGACUACGCCCUUGGACAAGGUGGGAGAGGGGACAGGUGGGUGUCCUCAGAGAAGGCCACCAGUGGAUGCCACUGAAGACCUCCUUCUUCUGUUUGGAGGAGCUGACAGGGUCCCCUUCACCUGGCAAGGCUGGGGAGGAAGUGCCUGCUGACAGCCAGGGCCUGGCCCAUCACCCCGUGGGAAGCACUGCCUUCCCAGCCCAGGGCUGCUGGAACUUGGGCUGCCUUAGAUGUGUCUUUGGCCCUUCCUGG